AUCUAAAGUUUGGAUCUUUUAAUGGUAUAGAUCCAAUUGUUCCUUUAGAUUUUGUACAGUUUCUUUCACUUGUAGUAGACUUAGGUUUUGUUCAGUUAAUCCCGUUACCUAUGGAUUAGAUGAGAUUGGAAAAAAUUGAGAAGAAAUUUGACUUAGCUUGCUUGGGUUUUAAACUUACCCAAUUCCACUCAGUCCAUAUGGAUUGAGUGAGAGCUAACCGAACAAGCCCUUAAUCUACAAACUGAGUUUAGUUAUUUAGUAGAGGAUUCCUCGGCCUCUUGUUUUGCUCAAAAAAAAAAAGAAACUCCCUUUGCUUGAACAAAAAUAUUUCUAUUUUCAAAGGCAUUGAUUUUACAGGCACCGACAUCAACUUCAUUCGAAUAUAUGUAUAUUAUACUUUCCAUCUCAAACUAUUUUGGAAAUAAAAAAAGUUGAAACUUAACAACAAGUCUUAUUUAGUGGAUUAAAUCUCUCCUUAAUCCAUCUCAAUCCCGAUCUAGACGUAAGCCCUUCUCGCAGCGAGAAGGACGCACGGGAUCGGCUACAGUGCGUGCGUGACAUCUCAGGUGCGCUGACGACGACGGUACCUUCAGGUCUGGAUAGGAUGCUGGUUGACAGCGUUGCACUACAGUCAACCUUGUGUUGUCCUGCGCAGGUGGACUGGUGGUUUUGUCAGCAGAAAGCGCAUGCCUCUCGCACGCUUGGUAGCCUUGCUAACUGCUUCAUGAACUGUUAGCCUGAUAGCCUCACUUCCCACACAACUGAAACUCGCUGAGUAGGCGAACACCGAAACUUAGCCUCACUUCCAUAGAGUGUUUCAGUAAUUAAUACCGAGACCAAAGCUAGCUACCCCGUUUCUGAAUCUGCAGCCAUUUGGAGGCAGGCAGAGCUGGUGGAUCGUUUACCAACCUGUCUAUCUGCAUCUGGAAUCAAGAUCGGAUUGGAUUGGAGGCUCAGGCAAUUAGGUUUAAUCAACCUGCUUUCUACUACCAUGCAUCGGCAAAAAACUGGCUACGUACAGGACAAAUCAUCUUUUGCCUAUCUGAAACGACCAUCGUGGAAAUGCGAUCCAGUUUUAGCUUCAUUUGCCAGGUCAGCCCAACUUUGCGCAACAAUAGUAUAUCGGCCUAAAAAGAGAAAACCGAUAAUUUCGGUCCAUGUUUGUGGGCCGUGCGUGAGUGUGUAAAACAAAGGAUAUAGAACUGUUUGUAAAGUAAAGUUUUAAAUAGAAUAUAAGAUAGAGUUUGUUUUCAUGUUUCACUUUUAUAUACGAGCAACACGUAGACUGUGUAUAUCAACUUGUCGAGAAUGGCGUACCUUCGGUGUGGAGGAGCUAAGGCUGCCUUUAGUUGUAGAGUCAACUAGAAUAGAGUAGCUUCAUUCCAGUUUUUGAGAAUAGAGUCGUUUUAUUUCGCGUUUGGCAAACAGAACAGAGCCGCUCUAUUUUUUUGUUUGGUUGGAGAGUAGAAUAGAACAGAGCCGCUCAUUCUGUGUUUGAUUGGAGAGCUAUAUGAGUGUAGAGGGUAAGAGAGGGAGGAAAGCGCUCGCUUUCGAAAGAACUCUCGCAUCCGGUUGUUUCUGUGGAGCGAGAGCAUUCUAAAUAUUUAUGAUAAAUUUCUAUAUAUAUACUUUAGGACCUAUUUCACUCCUCUUUUGUUGAAAACCAAACAUCUAAAAAUUAAAAUGAAGUUACUGUAUUCUUCUCCACUCCUCAACGAAACACAUUCUAAAAGAAAGAGGCUCUACUCGGAUGUGACAUCUGGACCCUGCUUAUUGCAAAAGUCAUGCACCAAACCAGCACCAUCACCACCUGAGGUGAGGUAACGAAAGUUUGGGACAGGGAAGUACGAGCGAGUGCAGCAACGUCACGCUUCGGCGGCGGACAGUGAGAAGGGCCAAGAGCUUGUGAUCAACCUACCACGCCUGUCACGCUUUUUUGCUAGCCCCGGCCCGCGGCACCUCCCCGUUACCGCCAUCUCGCCACCACACGGCUACGGUCCAGGUAUCUGCAGUUCCUGCAGAGAUAUGGCGCCGGCGGCGGCUCUGGCUCUGAGUCUGCUCCUCGCGUUCCUGGCGAUCGGGCCCUGCGCCGCCGCCGACAGCAUCGACCUGUGGCCGAUGCCGCAGUCGGUGUCGCACGGGACGCAGAAGCUCUACGUCAAGAAGGACAUCACCAUGUCGAUGGUGGGGAGCACGUACUCCGACGAGAAAUCGAUCCUCAAGGACGCGUUCCAGCGGAUGCUUGACCUGAUCACGCUGAACCACGUCAUCGACGGAAUCGACCCAGGCUCCUCGGUUCUCACCUGCGUUAAUGUGGUUGUGCGUACACCUGAAGACGAGCUUAGCUUUGGGGCAGAUGAGUCGUAUAACCUGACUGUUCCAACGACAGGAGACCCACUGUAUGCACAGAUCCAGGCUCAAACAGUGUUUGGAGCGCUUCAAGCCUUGCAGACGUUUGGUCAGUUAUGUUACUUCGAUUUCACAUCGCGGCUCAUUGAGCUCAACUCGGCUCCUUGGAUAAUAACCGACAGACCCAGGUUUCCCUACCGGGGACUGCUUAUUGAUACCGCGAGACACUACCUCCCUGUUAAGACAAUCAAAGGAGUGAUUGAUGCAAUGGCUUACAGCAAAUUGAAUGUUCUCCAUUGGCAUAUCGUGGACGAGCAGUCGUUUCCCAUUGAGAUACCCUCAUACCCCAAACUGUGGAACGGUUCAUACUCUUAUUCAGAGAGAUAUACGAUGUCUGAUGCUAUUGACAUUGUACGGUAUGCCGAGAAGCGAGGUGUAAAUGUGUUGGCUGAGAUUGAUGUUCCUGGCCAUGCCCGCUCAUGGGGUAUCGGCUACCCAGCAUUAUGGCCAUCAGAAAGCUGCAGAGAACCACUUGAUGUCAGUAAAAACUUCACGUUUGAAGUCAUCGAUGGCAUUCUUUCAGAUUUUAGCAAGAUUUUUAAGUUCAAAUUUGUCCACUUAGGAGGUGAUGAAGUCAACACAAGCUGCUGGACCAGAACACCCCAUAUUGAAGGAUGGUUGAAUAAUAACCAUAUGAACGUAUCAGACGCAUACAGAGAUUUUGUAUUGAGAUCUCAAAAGAUCGCGAUAUCACAUGGCUACGAUGUCAUAAACUGGGAAGAGACAUUUAACAGUUUUGGAGACAAAUUGGACCCUAAAACCGUGGUGCAUAACUGGCUUGGAGAAGAUGUAGCGCCCAAAGUGGUUGCUGCAGGGCAUAGGUGUAUAGUAAGCAACCAGGAUAAGUGGUACCUGGAUCACUUGGAUGCCUCAUGGGAAGGAUUUUACAUGAACGAGCCCCUAAAAGGUAUCAAUGAUACAAAGCAGCAGCAAUUGGUCAUUGGUGGUGAGGUUUGCAUGUGGGGUGAGGAAAUUGAUGCCUCAGAUAUUCAGCAAACGAUUUGGCCACGUGCCGCAGCAGCUGCAGAGAGGCUGUGGACUCCGAUUGAGAAGCUCGCAAAUGACACAAGAUUUGUCACGUCAAGAUUGGCGCGCUUCAGGUGUUUGCUGAACCAAAGAGGAGUAGCUGCUGCGCCAUUAGCAGGCUAUGGUCGUGCAUCACCAUCAGAACCUGGCCCCUGUGUAAGGCAAUAAAUGUCCAUAACUAAACGGAAAGUGACGAUUCCUUGACACAAAAAAAAAAAAUAGGAUUCACUCUUACCCCUGUUAUACAUUCAGCAGAGUGCACGUCAGAUAGUAGGUUUAGGGUUGCGUAGAAUGUUUCAUGUUCUUUUUUGCUCCUCUCUGAUCCAAUUUCCUUCCACAAUAAUUUGGAUGUCUAUGCAAUCUACAUGGUAUGGUGAUGAACUGUAAGGUCCCGUUUGUUUCCUUUCAUUUUGAGGAAUUGGAAUCUUACUAAUGGAAUAAGCUAUUUCUUUUAGAA